GUGAAGGAAAACAUCGUGAUGCUGCAGAUAUUUGUGAAGCAGUACUGAACCAGUGUGGUUGACUAUAGCAUAGUAACCCUUAACAUGGGUAACCGACAAGGCCUCACAAUAGUCGUUGCAGACAUUGGAUUAACUUUACGUGAGUUAAUUUUUAGUACGUUUUUUUUUAAUUAUUGUCAUAUUUCAGCGUAUAUGCAACGUGGUGAUAACAAUGUGAUAAUUGUGGAGGCACAACGUUUAGAAGCAGGGCCUUGGUAUUUUACCGCGGCUGAGAACACUUGGUACAUAGGGCGUUAUGCUGCACAAUUUAUUGAUUAUUUAGUAUCAAGAGGUUUGAAUCUAUCCAAAACCCAUUUUAUCGGACACAGUCUGGGCGCCCAAUCGGCCGGAGUCGCGGGAGCUUCGCUUACAUCAGGUCGCGUAGCCAGGAUUACCGGAUUAGAUCCAGCGCUCCCACUCUUUGACAAGGUUCCGUUGGAACAAAGACUUGACCCAUCUGAUGCGGAAUUCGUUGACAUAAUACAUACUGACUCUGGGAUUUUCGGAUUCCCGGGACCCAUUGGUCAUGCAGACUUCUAUCCUAAUGGUGGUCAAAGCCCUCAACCUGGAUGUAACUUGGAAGUAGUGUUGCCGCAGCAACUAUUGUUAAAUAAAUUCUUUUGCAGUCACUGGCGGUCUUAUAUGUUCUACGCGGAGUCUGUACUACGACCGAAGUCUUUCGUAGCCACAUCAUGUCCAUCCUGGCAUCAGUAUAAAAAGGGAGAGUGUAUGGAUGCCCCUAAUGUGCAUAUGGGAUAUGGAGCUGAUCGAAGGUAUGGUCAUUUUACACGAGGACAGUUAGAGUAGUAAGUGUUUUAGUAUUAAAAGAUGGCAAAGGAGCGACGUAAGGGAACCGCAACGUACGAGGACGUACAGAAAGAGAAUAUUUUGCAUUACCUAUACCUCCUCUAUCAAAUCCCUAUCCUUUCCGCAUAAGAAAAGGGUGGGAAGGGAAAGAGGACUUAAAUUAGGUAAAGUAGUAAGGGUAGUAAUGCUAUAGUUAACCUAAACAAAGUUCUCUGUAGUUUUAA